AUCAAGUAUAAUAAUGAUACGGCACUGUGCAUGUCGUUUUGAUUAAAGAUGGAGGAAACGGGUAACGAGAAAUUCCUAUCGCGAAGACGUUCCGCCGCUUUGAAGGCUUUUAAAGUCAAGGACGAGAGAGUAGCUACCUUAAAGAAGGUGGCAGCGAUUUUACAAAAAUCCGAAAUAGAUAGAACGGCGGAAGAAACUGGGAUAUUAGCCUCGUGCAGCGAUGUAGUGAAAGAGGUUAAUUUACGACAAGAAAAACGAGAUAAAAUAAAAGCAAGAUUAGAAGAAGUUGAAGAUGCAGCUGAGAUUUUGGACGAAAAAUGUAUGCGCUUGGCAGCAGCAAUUAGCAGAGCAACGUCCCUUGCAGUAUAUACUGGUGCUGGCAUUAGUACAGCAGCAUCUAUUCCAGAUUAUAGAGGAACUAAUGGAGUUUGGACUCGUAUGCAACAAGGGAAGGACAUUGGGAAUCAUGAUCUGAGUCAAGCUGAACCAACAUUAACACAUAUGGCACUUUAUGCAUUAUACAAAGCGCGAGUUCUCAAGCACGUAGUUUCUCAAAAUUGCGAUGGAUUACAUUUGCGUAGUGGCAUUCCGCGUAAUCUUUUGUCCGAAGUUCAUGGCAAUAUGUACGUGGAAGUUUGCAGGGUGUGCAAGCCACCUAAGGAAUAUUGGAGGCUUUUUGAUGUUACUGAAAAGACUGCUCGAUAUCAGCACGGAACAGGAAGAUUAUGCCACAGAUGUAAUUCAUUAUUGCAAGAUUCUAUUGUUCAUUUCGGUGAGAGAGGUAAUCUGCCUUGGCCAAUCAAUUGGAGCGGAGCAUCCAGAGCUGCGAAGCAAGCAGACGUUAUACUAUGUUUAGGUUCUAGUCUAAAAGUUCUCAAGAAAUAUCCAUGGUUAUGGCAGAUGGACAGACCCGUUCAGAAAAGGGCUUCCCUGUACAUUGUCAAUUUGCAAUGGACUCCGAAAGAUGAAAAUGCAGUCUUAAAAAUAAACGGAAAAUGCGACGAAGUGAUGAAAAGAAUAAUGAGUCAUCUCGGAUUAGAGAUACCGCAAUACAAUCGUACGAAGGAUCCGAUUUUCUUUCACGCUAUAAAACUUCAGACUAGCGAACAGCUCACUACAACUCAACCGUGUCUCGAAGAGCCGACAAUCAAGAAGGAGCCUUUGAGUCAAAGUAGCGAUGAGAAUGUGAAGUGUACAGUGCAGCAAACUGAUGACAAAGAAGAUGACUGCAUAUCGACGGUAACAGUAACUGAUACAACUACUGCCUAUCCAGCGCCUUUUUUCGCCGCGUUACCGUUCUUAUCCAUGGGCUUGCCAUUUCCUCCUAUGUACAUGUAUCCUCAACUGACGCCGUUAUUUUAUUAUCCUUUCAUACAAGUACCGAAUGCACCGAUAGAGGCGCCGAAGCCCAAGCCAGCUUGUACGUUUUGUAUGGAAUAUGAAGGAUCUCUUAGCUGUUUGUAUUAUCAGCGUGACGGAGAUUGUCCUGCACCGACAAAGAUAGAGAACGAGCAGAAGCAGGAAGAAGGUACACUGGUGAUUCGCGCAGACACUCCGAGCAUAGCAUCUCCAAAGAAUCCAGGCUGGUUUGGUAAAGGAUACCGUAAAGGUAUGAAAAGGAAGCGGUAGCAUCUGCUCUUUAUAAUACAAUGUUUUUUUGAUCCUCGCUCUUUAUCGAGAUUACAAUAUAACCUUGUACUGUACGAUAUAUAGUAACGUACAUAAGUAUUUAAAGUCGCCAUAUCGUAAUGAAACUGCAUAUUUUGUAGGUUUAAAGUAAUUUGAUUCCAGUAUUUGAAGCUUUAACAAAUAGACUGAAAUUUUGAAAAUGAAUUCUAAUAACACACAAAAGCGAUCUAUUAUUCGUAUCCAUUUCAGAAAGAUUACUUUACUUUGUCAAAAUUUAUACUUCAUUCAUAUAAUAGCAGCAUGCGAAAAUGAGCUGCGCGUUUGGAUAGGAGAUAAUUUUGAGAAAAUAUUUUAUUAUUAUUUAUCAACAUACAUAAAACAUGUUUUAUCUUUCUCAUGUUGCAUGAAUGUUUUUAUUAUUAAUUAUUCUUUGACUGUAUUUUCCAUACCAAUAUUUUCAAAAGUUUCUCUUCCCAUAUUUGCAACAGUCGUAAAAUAGGCUGAGAUAAAUGUAGAAAUAGUAAAGAAGUUUUAUUCAGUAGAUUUAUUUAUAAUUAUAAUUAUAACAUAAAUUUAAUAGUUUCAAAUUUCAGGUAUUCAUUAGAAAUCACAAUGUUGUCAAGUUUUUCGUAACUUGUAUAACAAUAAUUCCGUAUCUUUAUAUUUAUUGUUCUAUCUAAAGCGUCCUUAUUUGUAUUAAUCAAAACUGGAUUGAUACUUGCCUCUAUCGUACACUCAAUCUAUAUAUCGAGCUCGUAUACUGUAACACACGAUAAUUAAAAGUAUGCAAAUACUUUAAUAUUUAUAUAUAAAUAUAUAUCUUAGGGUAUAUUUUAUUAGACCACAGGAAUAUAUUGCGAGCAUUAUCAUUGUUCAACAUAUUUUUAUAUAAAAUAGUUAAAAACAAUCAUUUCUAUCAUCACACAUUUUAAUAACUUUAUAUAAUUUAAAUUAUUGCUAUCGCGCAUUACUCUUGUUAUUUAUCUAAUAUAUUUUAUAGAUACAUAAAAAGAUAG